AGCAACUACCCAAGGAAAGGAGAUAAAGUUUGCAACGUCCGAAGAUAGACCAUCAGUGAAGAUCAGAUGACUAACCGAAGGGUUAGGUUCCCAGCUGCGUGGAAUCCAGGUAGAGGAGACUUCAUUGGGAAAGAAUCGCCAACCACCUUCUCGCCACUAGUUCCGCCAAACAUAACCUUGCAAGACAACAAUGAAGAUCUUCGACUUAAGAGUUUUACGAUUAGAUUUGGACCGUGGGAGGAGGCUCCUUUUAGGAAAAGUCAGGGCGAUGCUUGGUAUUUCAGUAAAUUCAUACAGAAUACUGUUGAAUCCAAGCCCUAUUCCAGAGGAUGCUGGCACCAGGAGUAUUUUUGGGAUGGUUCCAAACGAAAAUAUUAUGUGCGCGGAUUCUGGGCCACCGUGAGUAGCAUGAUCGUGUUUAUUUUGCGUAAAUAAUAACUUUAGAAUGGAUUGAAUAAUUAUUUAAAUUCAAUUUCUUUGAGUAGAAGUCCAACCAAUCUCUCCAAGAGUUCAAUCAUAUCAGCAAACCAGAAAAUAAUUCAUGAAAAUUCAAUCAUUCCGGGGUAUCUCAAAAUUUCUUCUUUUCUUUCUUUUAGAAAGAUUUCGAACAUCCGUUAUUAGUCGCUGACACGUCUUUAAAGCUAAUGGAGCAGCAUGCUUCAGGAAUUGCUCAUCCUGAGGGAAAUUGGUUAGUUUAAUAAACAAAACAAAAUAUUUAUUUUCUCUCUCUUUUUUUUUUAAUAUGUUUACUAAUUUGUGUAUUACUAGUUUGUUUAAGUCACUGCCGAAAGUCCCACCAUAUAACGGCUUCGUUCCCGCAAAGAAGUCCUUCAAACUGACAUUUAUUCAGAUUUUUUAUAAAAACGCGGACGGCGUACACUCCCAGAACGGAUCAUGGCAGUUGGUAAGUGUAAAAAAAAUUUUAUUUUAUUCUAAAUACGGACUGCUUUCUUUUGGGGUAUUCUAUAUAUAACUUUGUUUUAGACAUACAACAUAGAUUUACCCGAAUUAUGGGAGCCAAUCGGGACCGAGGGACAUUUAUUUGGGGAAGACAAUUGCAAGCCUUCUGAGGAGAAUACAGAAGAGAUGGGAA